AUGUUUACCUACCAGAAAAACCGUAGCCAGAGCCUCUUCCCUAACUGCAAAAUAGCAAACUCCGAAUCCACCGACGACAUCCUUCCGUUCGCCAAAAAGGGUCUGCUGAAACAUUGGAGAUCUUUAAGCGAACUGCAGGAGGAUAUCUACAAUGUGUUUGAUGAUGUCUACGAAGAGGAGGUUCAAAGACACGCAGAGCCUACGUUAUGGUUUACCAGUGCAUCCCCCAAUAGAAACUGUACAUUAAAUCUCAACGUUGGAGGAAAGUCCUACAGGAUCACCUAUAAGAUGGCAGCCAGAUACCCACAAACCAGACUUGGUCGAUUGGCGAUGUCCACAGACCACAACAUGAAGCUGGAUCUCUGCGAUGACUAUGUGGUGAAGGAUAACGAGUAUUUCUUCGACCGAGAUCCAGACGUUUUCAAUAGCAUCUUCAACUUUUAUAGGACUGGUGUGCUUUGGAUUAAGGACGAACUCUGUCCAAGAAACUUCCUGGAGGAGAUCAGCUAUUGGGGCGUCCGUAUUAAAUACUCACAAAGAUGCUGUCGGAUCCUGCUGGAGGAAAAAAACGAUGAAUUAUGCGAGCAACUUAAAGUUCAGAAGGAGCUGGAACGAGAGCUGGAGAUCGAGGAGAACGAAGAAGCGUUCGAUGAUAUGAUUUUAGGCGAGAGCAGACGGUCGCUUUGGGACUUCAUGGAGAAACCGUUUUCUUCGAUUCCAGCAAAAAUAAUGGCGGUCACAUCGAGUAUGUUCGUGUUGGUUUCGUUGGUUACAAUGACGUUGACCACUGUUGAAGAAAUGGAGAACAUCGAAUCUGGUGGAAAGACUUACGGAGAGUUUGUGGAGAAUCUAUGCAUCUCCUUCUUCACAACUGAGUAUCUUCUGAGGGUCAUUUCGACGCCAGACAUCUGCCGUUUCUUUAAGAGCAUGCUGAACGCAGUUGAUCUCAUGGCCAUACUACCGCAGAUACUCCAGUUCAUGCUUGAGAACUUUGAAACCUUCGGAUCUAGGAAUCAAAGCGCUGAUAUGGAGACUGUGGGGCAGGUGGGAAAGGUGGGGCAGGUGCUGCGGAUCAUGCGGCUCUUGCGUAUCUUUCGGGUUUUGAAACUGGCGCGUCACUCUACAGGACUGCGGGCGUUUGGGUUUACACUGAAACAGUGCUAUCAGCAAGUGGGAUGCCUGUUUCUGUUCAUCGCGAUGGGGAUCUUCACAUUCUCUGCCAUGGUUUAUUCGGUCGAAUAUGACGUCCCUAAUACCAACUUUACCAGUAUUCCUCAUUCCUGGUGGUGGGCUUCUGUCAGCAUCUCGACAGUGGGCUAUGGUGACAUGUAUCCUGAGACCCUUCUUGGCCGGAUAUUUGCCUUUGGCUGCAUUUCCUUUGGGAUCAUUUUGAACGGCCUUCCGAUCUCCAUCCUCUUUAAUAAGUUUUCUGAUUACUACGCCAAACUGAAGUCCCACGAAUGUCCUUCCAACAUGAAGAACAGAGGGAAUGUUAACUUCAUCCUGAGAGCUAAGAAGAAGCUCAGAGAGUGUGGCUGCAUUGAAACAAAUGACACUAAUGACGAUACUAAUGAUGACACUACUGUUUCAUAG